CCUCUCAGACCUAGAGAAAAGAGAAUCUUGAAUCAAAAUUGGAGGAAACAGACACAAUGGGGAACUCGAAACAGUACUUCCUUUUGAGGACGGAGCCAUCAGAGUGGUCAUGGGAGGACCAAGCCUCCAAUAGAGGCAUAACCAAGUGGGACGGCGUCAAGAACAAGCAAGCCCAGAAAUACCUCAAGUCCAUGACCCUACACGAUCUCUGCUUCUUCUAUCACUCCGGUGCCAAGGCCCGCCGCGUUGUCGGUGUCGUCACCGUCGUGCGUGAGUGGUACGUGGAGGGUGAAGACGGGGCCGUGGACGUGAAGGCGGUCGGGGAAAUGAGGAGGCCGGUGGACUUGAAGGAGAUGAAAGGGGACCGAGGGUUGAAGGACUUUGUACUGUUGAAGCAGCCUCGGCUCUCUGUUGUUCCAGUUUCUGAGGAUGUCUGGAAAAGAAUAUGUGAUUUGGGAGGCGGCUAUGAAGGGGACGGCCAAGAUGGAAUCGACGGCGAGGAGGAUGAAGAGGACGCUGAAGAAGAAGAAUGAUUGAGGUUCUAGGUGAACCGGUAUGGUAGGUGUUUGUAAAUAUGCCUGCUUGAUCUGUGUAGUUUAGACUCGUGCUUGGGGUUGGAGAAGUGUAAAAUGGAGAAGAGGAGGGAUCAAACUAAUCUUUUUGUUUGGGUUGUGGGGGAUGAAAGUUGAAAUUGCUUGCUUGAUGGAUGGGUUCAACUAAAUAUGCCUCCUCACUGAUCCCUAGUUUGGUUUUUUUGAGGAAAAUGGAGUUCUUCAAGAACAUCUGUUAAUCACUCUAACGAAUAGUUUUUGCUCUGGUUGGAUUUGUUAGUUUCA